UUGUUUCAGAAUAGACCAGUUGGAGCAGGUCAUGUGAUAGCACGUUUACCCCCUAACCAUCCUCUCCUGCUAGCUGCUACGUCUGCUUCUGGUAUUGUUUCGGGUAACUCUGCGAAAACUAAGCAGCUGAAGGCACCGUUCACGAUGCGGCCGUCGGUGAUGUAUAGAAUUGCUCGCCGAGUGUGCCCUCGGUCUGUGUUGAAUCUUCGGUUUGCGGCUAGACGACCCACGCUUGAAAUCAGCCUAAGCGCGGUGAAAAACUACUGUUACUCAGUCGAAGCGGCUACGGCAGUGCUGUCAGCUGCUACACAAAUUUAUCAACUGCAUAAUAGAACGUUACCGCCAACGUUCUCUCAGAACUUUACAUUACAGGCGGCUCAGCAUCACCAACUACAGCAGCAAGCUUUGAAAAGGCCGGCCAGUUCCGCCGGAUCAGAACCGAGUGCUAAACGGGAGAAACUGGUAAGUUUCGGUUGA